AUGGGGGCCAGGACCCCUAAGGCGACCCGCAGCCUCAUCAGAGAACAUCACAUGGAUGUAGGCUCCAGUGCCCGCUCCGCCACUGGCUGGCUGGAAAAGCCCCUCCCCCAGUGGGGCCCAGGACAAGUGGCCGCGUUCCUAGGGGGCACCGUGGCCGUGGUCCUCAUCCUUGCCGUGGCUCUUGCUGUCCUCUUACUGCAUCGCCGGCAGCAGAAAAGCUGGCUGGAGACGGACGGUGGUGGGACUGCCCUGCCCUCCUCCCAGAAUCUGGAGCCUCCUCCCGACCGGCAGAGCUACCUUGCACCUGAGGACAUCCAGAUUCUCCACCUGGAGCCGGGGAAGCGGCAGCAGCUGCAGCAGGAGCGGGAAGAACAAGAGCAGCUGCCCCUGCAGGCCCCCUACUGUGAUCUGGGAACCGCCCCCCACCACCCCUCGGACUCUGGCCUAAAGGACACUGAUGUCCACUAUGCAGAGCUGGACAUCUCCACCCUGGAGGUCAUGUCAGAGUCACGGACCACCGUGCCAGGGCCUGGAGAGGUUGUGGAAUACGCCACCAUCCAGUUGAGUCCGCCCCAGCACAUGACCCCUAGCCACCCAGCCCUGCCUCUGGACUACAGGCCCCCCGGGCUGAAGGGGCUGAAGAGGCUUCAGGGGACCUUCAUCUUCCCCACCAAUACUUCCCUUCUCAAGAGCCCUCCUCCCAUCCAAGAUCUAUAA